AUGUCACGACCGCAGAGCAUGCCUGAUUUCGCCGCGCUCAUGGAAUCCUCCAUGUCGCAGGCCGUCUUUGAGUCGUCCAGCUCGAACCUGGAGAAGCGCAUACACAGUCGAAGGCAGACGUCACCAGAACGAAAGCCCCAGAAUAUGCGCAAGAAGCCCAGCAUCUCGCUCGCCGCUGGACUGAUGAUGAACACGGACACCCCACCAGCAACCGGAUCACUUUCGCCGCGCAAACGAAGCCAGAGCCGACCAGCCCUGGACAAGAGUGUCGAGAUGGAAGAAGGCGGCAAUCUGUUCUAUGCCUAUGCGCUGAGGAGCGACUAUCCUGCGUCUCCUCCGUACAUUCUUACCUUCGCCUCGGCCGCCGUCUGCUCACAAUGGUGGAGCCUUGUCCAGCAUGACUACACAUCGUCGUUGCGGCCAAGCCCGCAAUAUUUCGUUGUUAGGAGCGAAGACAUGGAGCUCAUAAUGGACGAUCCAAAGUUCUUCGACCUCCGUAACAAAUGGUUCUACACAUCCCAGGAUAGCCCGACAUGCCCACCCAUAGUCCUGCCUCUGCAGCACGCCAAUGGUAUCCCCGCUGUUGCGCCCUCACAGCCAGUCGAAGAGAAGGCGAGCACAUCGGCUAUUGACAGCUUGGCAGAGAGCUUGACUAGGCUAGCACACGUAGUAGAGAGCAAUGCAGAGCAGGUUCACGCACUGUCAGUUGCGCAGUCGACAGGCUUGCAAGCAAUGCAAGAGAUCAACGAAUCGAACAGCAUCCAGAUCAAGGCCAUCUCGGAAUCCCAGAUCAAGCUACAGGCGCUUGUCGAUCAGAAUGCGUCACACUACAUCGCUCUGUCCAACACAUCAUUCCAGUCGCACGAGCAGAGCAGGCUAGCGCAAGAACAGACUCGGAAAUCUCAAGAACAAACGCGGAAAUCCCAGGAGCAGACCAAAGACAUCCUCAAGACCACUGUAACACAACUCCAGACUCUGUCCAAGAACCAGAUUGAGCUUUCACAAACGUGUCAGGGCAUGAUGCGCACCAUCGAGAACCUCGGCGAUUCCGUUACCCAGUUUACUUCAAAUGUUAUUUCAGAUACAGCAAGCAACCAGUCACUUUCCACCAGUUCAUUCAAUGCUCUCGCAACUCGCAUCAGCCCGCCACCACGCAAGCUGAACAGACGCGUCAAGGGCGUUUGGUGGGACGACGGCGAGCUGCUCCGCGGCCUUGCCACCGUACACCCGAUCAACGGCAAGCCACCCGGCGAAGCUCGUAAGAUCCAAGACCUAUUCUCAUCUACGGACUGCUUCAGCAUCAAGUGGAUCAACAUGACCCCUAGUGGCCACUAG